UACGUGAUGACGCACGGGCCUGACGCACGUUGUAUAAAGCGCAGUUUUCUGACGUCAGCGGUCUCUUCCCUGCCUAUGACCUCGUGAGGUGGGCAGCGUAAAAUUUCUUGUCUCGUUUCACCGCCAAGCGGAUCCAAAACCAUCCGUCAAAAUGGUGAACUUUACCAUCGACCAGAUCCGUAACAUCAUGGACAAGAAGGCCAACAUCCGCAACAUGUCUGUGAUUGCCCAUGUUGACCACGGCAAGUCAACUCUCACAGACUCACUUGUGUCAAAGGCUGGCAUCAUCGCAUCAGCUCGUGCUGGUGAGACACGUUUCACUGACACGCGUAAAGAUGAACAGGAGCGUUGCAUUACCAUCAAGUCGACUGCCAUCUCCCUCUACUACGAGCUGUCUGCAAAUGACAUGGCCUUCAUUAAGCAGACAAGGGAUGGCGCUGGUUUCUUGAUCAACCUGAUUGAUUCACCCGGGCACGUUGACUUCUCCUCUGAAGUGACUGCCGCUCUCCGUGUCACUGAUGGAGCCCUGGUUGUGGUGGACUGCGUGUCUGGUGUUUGUGUGCAGACUGAGACUGUGCUUCGUCAGGCCAUUGGUGAGCGCAUCAAGCCAGUCCUGAUGAUGAACAAGAUGGACCGUGCCUUGUUGGAGUUGCAGCUUGAACCCGAGGACCUUUACCAGACUUUCCAGCGUAUUGUUGAGUCCGUCAAUGUCAUCAUCUGCACUUAUGGAGAAGAUGAAAGUGGACCAGUAGGCAACCUCAUGGUUGAUCCAGUCAUCGGUACAGUUGGCUUUGGCUCUGGGCUCCACGGCUGGGCUUUCACCCUGAAGCAGUUUGCUGAGAUGUAUGCAGCCAAGUUUGCUGCCAAGGGCAACACCCAAAUGACACCAGAGGAGCACUGCAAGAAGGUGGAGGACAUGAUGAAGAAGCUUUGGGGUGACAGGUUCUACGAUGCAAGCAGUGGAAAAUUCCUCAAGAAUCAGAAUGGACCAGAUGGCGCCAAGUACCCCCGCACCUUUGUUGCACUUGUCUUGGAUCCCAUCUUCAAGGUGUUUGCAGCCAUCAUGGAGUUCAAGAAGGACGAAACUGCCAAACUGAUCGAGAAGCUGGACAUCAAGUUGGAUGCUGAAGACAAGGAGAAGGAGGGCAAGCCUCUCCUGAAGGCUGUGAUGCGCCGCUGGCUGCCAGCCGGAGAAGCCCUGCUGCAGAUGAUCACCAUCCACCUGCCAUCCCCCGUCACUGCCCAGAAGUACCGUUGUGAACUGCUCUACGAAGGACCUGGAGAUGAUGAGGCUGCCAUGGGUAUCAAGAACUGUGACCCUAAGGCUCCCUUGAUGGUGUACAUCUCUAAGAUGGUCCCCACCAACGACAAGGGUCGUUUCUAUGCAUUCGGUCGUGUGUUCUCUGGGUCUGUCUCCACUGGCAUGAAGGUGCGCAUUAUGGGACCAAACUACGUCCCUGGAAAGAAGGAGGAUCUCUACUUGAAGCCGAUUCAGAGGACCAUUUUGAUGAUGGGUCGUUAUGUCGAGCCCAUUGAGGAUGUGCCAUGUGGCAACAUUGUGGGUCUGGUUGGAGUGGACCAGUUCCUUGUCAAGACGGGAACCAUCACCACCUUUGAGCAGGCACACAACAUGAGAGUGAUGAAGUUCAGUGUCAGCCCUGUGGUUAGAGUUGCUGUGGAGGUCAAAAACCCAGCCGACUUGCCCAAGCUGGUGGAAGGUCUGAAGCGUCUGUCCAAGUCUGAUCCUAUGGUGCAGUGCAUCAUUGAGGAGUCUGGAGAACAUAUCGUUGCUGGAGCUGGAGAGUUGCAUCUGGAGAUCUGUUUGAAGGAUCUGGAGGAGGAUCACGCUUGCGUUCCACUCAAGAAAUCUGAUCCAGUGGUGUCCUACAGGGAGACCGUCCAAUCAGAUUCAAGUGUUGUGUGCCUGUCAAAGUCACCCAACAAGCACAACCGUCUGUUCAUGAAGGCCGCACCCUUCCAAGACGGUCUGGCAGAAGACAUUGAGAAGGGCGACGUUACCUCCCGUCAGGACGUCAAGACCCGUGCCCGUUACCUUGCUGAGAAGUUCGAUUGGGAUGUCACCGAGGCCAGAAAGAUCUGGUGCUUCGGACCUGAUGGAACCGGCCCCAACCUUCUGGUGGAUGUUACCAAGGGAGUGCAGUACCUUAAUGAGAUCAAGGAUAGCGUUGUGGCUGGCUUCCAGUGGGCCGUCAAGGAGGGUGUCCUGUGUGAAGAGAAUAUGCGUGGCAUCCGCUUCAACAUCCAUGAUGUGACCCUGCAUACAGAUGCUAUCCACCGUGGUGGUGGUCAGAUUAUCCCCACAGCCCGCAGAGCUCUGUACGCUUGCCAGCUCACUGCCGAGCCAAGACUGUUGGAGCCUGUCUACCUUGUGGAGAUCCAGUGUCCUGAAGUAGCAAUGGGUGGAAUCUACGGUGUGCUGACCAGGAGGCGUGGUCAUGUGACUGAGGAGAUCGCUGUUGCAGGAACACCCAUGCGUGUCACCAAGGCCUUCCUGCCUGUCAUGGAGUCAUUUGGUUUCACAGCUGACCUGCGUUCAAACACUGGUGGCCAAGCUUUCCCACAGUGUGUGUUCGACCAUUGGCAGAUCCUCCAGGGAGACCCCAUGGACACCUCAUCCAAGCCUGGUAUUGUCGUCACUGAAACACGCAAACGUAAGGGUCUCAAGGAAGGUAUCCCAGCCUUGGACAACUACCUGGACAAAUUGUAAUCGCCUGGACCCCACUUGGCUCUUGCCUCAUUCCUCCCUUCGCAACAAAUUUCAGUCUACAUUGUGCGACUGGAAUGUACAGAACACAGUGAGCACUAAUGUUUGCCAAAAGGAUUGACUGUAAUGAAUAAACGACUACAAAAAUUGUAAACGAUAAAUAAAGUAAAAUAAAAACGAA